AUGUCACGAUCAAUGCGCCCCUUAUCUCGCCGCCUCUUGAGCCUUCAAUGCCGCCGCUAUCAGUCGACGGAAGCUUCGGACAAGCCAGUGCACUCGCGCGAGCAGGUGCAGGACCUCCUCCAUGAACAAGAUGAUCUAUACCUUGCUGCGGUAAAGCGAAAAGUCGAAAGCAUCAAACGUCAGUCGAGGAAUAUUGGUAUGAUUGCGUCGAAAAUAACCAAUGAGGGCGGAUAUAUUCAGAUCAAUCCAUCCAUUCCAACAUACAAAGCAGCGCCAUGGCAGAAACAAAGCCAAGCCUACGAAAGUCUGGUGGAAAGAAUGUUGAAGCAGACUGAACGCAUACUUCUUAAUGUGGGCGAUCUUCAGACUGAGAGUUAUCCUUCAGAUUUCGAUAUUGGAGGUGAUAGAGCAAGUGUGGCCGCUCUUGUGAAACAUGAUCGUGACAAAAUGCUACGGCAGACACGCCCGGAGCAGAUGGAUGCUUUGGUUGAGUUACGGAACCACGAGUUGGCGCAUAGAAGGAGAUUUAAAGAGGGACUUGAUUCAUUCGCAAAGGAGGUGGAGAACUACAGGUUGGACACUCAAAAGACGCCGAUGCCGAAUUUGGGCAUGGAGAGAAAGUCGCUGAAAGAGAAUAAACCCAUGCAGGAUAAUGAAGGCUGGGGAUCACCUACGAAAGUCACCAAGAUUGGUUCAACGCCAACAUUGCAGAAGGUGAGCAACCCUUUCGACACGUCGAGCUCGAAGGAUCCUGCGCGGAAAUCUUCUGAUCAGAACACUGCUCGACCUUCGACUGCGGAUCAAGAAAAUACGCGUGUAUCAGCGAACACUGCGUCAACGGCAACCAACUCUUCCGGAAUGCAGACGCAUCCACGUCCUCAUCGAAGCAAAACUCGCAGGACGACGAGGGCAGAUCGGCACAGGGGCUUGAAAAUGGCUCGACAAGCAAAGCAAAGGCCCCAAGGCCCAGGACGAGCCUGCUGGGCCUGCAACGGCAGCUCGAGAUAUCAAGAUAGUGGAGACUCGUCAACGAAGACACGGCUCGAUCUCUGCAGUCCACAUAGCUGGCAGAACAGAACGUCAGGCCGUCAGAGAUUUCGCAAUGCCUUUGUCCCGUCCAGGAUGGUGAACGACUAUAAACCCUUUUCCCUCGUCGCAAACCUCUUUCUCUUACCAUCGCGAAGACCAACCACCAGAGUCAUUAGAACUACCUCAGUCCGAACAGCGCGACCAAACAUCGAGAUGACUCGAACUCAUUUCUACGACCUGCCCAACGAGGUCAAGCUUGCGAUAUUGGCCAACUUGCCAGCCAGAGAGAUUCAGCGCGCUCGUCGAGUCUCUCGGCAUCUUCGAGACCUCAUCGACCUCGAAGCGAACCGCACUCUCCUGAUCAACCCACUUCCGCCGAGCGUGGUGUCCAUCAAGGAAGCAUGUAACUUCCUGAUUGAUUUCGAUGUCCAGAAUGUCGACCUUCUGACGCUUUUGGCGCGAGUGGUGCAGCAUCGUCGCACUGGAAGCCACGCCUGCUCAAUCACGGCCAGGCUGUGGACACACAGACAUGAUAUUGCUGGUUCUCAUCUGCGCCACCACUUGGCAGGACUGCUCGACAAAUUCCGACGUCUACACAACGAGUUUCAUGCCUCCUCCAAGGACGGAGACGACGGAUCUGCACCUCCCGCGAAUCUUCUGCGCAGACUGUACGAUCGCCUUCGGCGCCGACUAGGUGGCCGCACUGCCAAUCGAGUCGGCGCAAGCCCUGCAGGUCCUUCAGCGAACUUCGCCACCAUGACUGCCUUCAACCACUACAUUACGUCUAUCCACGGCGCGGUACUUCCCAGCUUAAAUCUCAGUCAAAACCAGAUCGACGACUUCUACCUCCGCGUCGUGGUUCACGGAGUCCCGAGUCGCGAUGAAGAGACCCCUCACGUCGGAUGGGUCAUCAACCUUGACUCCGAACCCGAUGCUCUCGGACUCCAUCACCAGAUCUGCGAUCUGCUUGGACUGCCCGCACUCCCACCGCCUCUUCUGGCUCCGCAUUCGUUGCAGUAUGCCGUCAAGAGCCGCUGGGCCUGCGAAAAGCUCAGGGCAUACGUCAAUGAAGGAGAAAGGGAAAUUACGGAGGCGAGGUUGGGAAAUGUGAUCGAUCGUCAGCUGCCGGUGUUCACGCCAUCCUUGUUUUGCACUCACAAUGGCAAACUUACUGAAGGGGAAAAGUACCAAAAGCCCAGGGAGCAGCAGCAGGCAGAAGACCUCAAGUAG